GAACUUUAGGUUUUUAAAUUUACUCAAAACGUACCGUGCCAAUAAAUGUAAUAAGGCUUGGAUGAAAAAAAUAAGAAUGAUAACAAAAAAAUAAAAAAAUAAAUAAAUCCAAAAGAAGAAGCCAAUGAGGAUCCACAUCCUCCAAUCUCCUCCUCAAUUCUCAUUGGCUCCAAACUCACAAACAACCCAAGAACCAAAUCCAUUCAAAGACCACCACUACCAUUCUUCACAAAAAUGAAUAAUACAUAGGCCAUGACCAGCCCUUCCAAGCUCUCCCUUCCUUCCUCCACUAAACCAAAACAAAACAUCAACCUUCAACACCAACACCAACAACAACCUCAACCUCAACUUCAACCUCACCACCCUCAAUGGCAAUUCCACCUCUCCACCGUCGUCUCCCCUCCAUCCACCUCCCACGCCAUCUCCGACGUCCUCGGCUCCAUCAACUUCCACCCAUCCCACCACCUCCUCGCCACCGCCGGCAUCUCUCGCAAAAUCCGCAUCUUUAACGUCCCAACUCUCAUCAGCAACCACAACCCCACCACACGUUAUCUCGAUCACAAAUCAUGCUGCGAGUUCUACAUAUGCGCACCGGCAAAGCUAAGCACCGUGCGGUUCCGCGCAGGACUCAUUGGCGCCGGUGACUACGACGGAGUCGUGACCGAGUACGACUUAGAGAAGCGCGUGGCCGUGUUCGAGCGAGACGAACACGGCGGAAGACGAGUGUGGAGCGUGGCUUACUCGAGUGAUCACACGUCGACGCUGUGCGCGUCCGGGUCGGAUGAUGGCACGGCGCACAUAUGGGAUGUGCGCGCGCGGGCGCGCGCGGAGAUUGUUAGGCCGGGUGCGCGCGGUGAAGCGGUGUGUAGCGUUGAGUUCGAGCCGGAUGGAGUUGGGUUCGGUGUUGGGUGCGCUGAUAGGAGUGCGUAUGUGUAUGAUGCUCGAGCGCUUGGUGCCGGGCCGGUUUGCGUUAUGCGUGGACAUGGACGUGCUGUUACUUAUGUUAAGUUUGUGGGUGAAGGGAGAGUGGUGACUUCAGGGGCUGAUGGAAGUCAUAGGUUGUGGAGAAGAAGGGAUGGAGAAGAAGGUGGGAAGGAGGAGAGGGUUUAUAGAGGACAUGAGAAUGAGAGGAGUUUUGUGGGGAUGGAGGUUUGGAGAAGUGGUGGGUUGAUUGGGUGUGGGUCUGAGAGUGAUGAGGUUUAUGUUUAUGAUUUGAGGUGGGGAGAACCUGUUUGGGUUGAGAAGUUUGGGUCUGAAGGGUUUGUUAGUUGUGUGAGUUGGAGAGAAGGUGGAGAUGGUGAGGAUGGAGUGUUUGUUGCUGGUGGAAGUGAUGGGACUUUCAAGGUGUUUUUGGUGAGGAGAAACACUGAUUAGAUUGAUUCAAGAUGAUGAUGAUGAUGAUGAUGAUGAUGAUGAUGAUGAUAAUGAUUUUUUUUUGGUUUGAUAUAAUAUAGAAAAGAAAGAAUAAGCGGAGGAGGAGGAUGAUGAUGGUUUUGAUUGUUUGUUUUGAUUUUGUUUUUGAGUACUAACAAGAAGACAGUUUGGCAUUGCUUGA